AUGCUACAGGGAGAAGAUGGUGGUCGCAGUGAGAACUUUGCAGGAACAAGAGAAUCACACCAAGAAAGCGGCGACCCAGAGGGUGAUGAUAAAUUUAAACAAGAAUCUACUGUUGCUACUGAAAGGCAAAAAAGAUGCCAGGAAAUUGAACAAAAACUUGAAGUUCAUGCAGAAGAAGAGAGAAAGCAGGUUGAAAAUGAGAGGAGAGAACUGUUUGAAGAGAGACAUGCUAAACGGACAGAACUGCGGCUUUCGGAACAGAAGGUGACGCUUCCACAGCUGCAAGAAUGGGAUGAACAUAAUGCCAAGAUAAUUAAAUAUAUAAGAACUAAGACAAAGCCCCAUUUAUUCUAUAUUCCUAGAAGAAUGUGUCCAGCUUCUCAAAAACUAAUAGAAGAAUCAUAG